AUGCAUUUCGCUCCCAUGAGUGAUGACGCCUGGUUCAAUCUUCCUCGCAGUGGUGGAAUAGCAUAUGCGGCACAAGAAUCCUGGGUGCUCAACGAAACCAUCAGAGACAAUAUCCUCUUUGGCUUGCCGUACGAUGAAGAUCGCUAUGAAAAAGUUAUCAAGCAAUGUGCUCUGGAACGGGACUUGACUCUAUUCGCUGCCGGAGACCAGACUGAGAUUGGGGAGAAGGGCCUUACAUUAAGUGGAGGUCAGAAAGCCCGGUUAACUCUUGCCAGAGCUGUGUACUCUAAAUCCAGCAUUCUCCUUCUUGAUGACACAAUGGCCGCUCUGGAGUAUGUCUAUCACUUCUCCGACAUCGGACAACCCGUGCGGUUAAUAAACGUUCAUUCAUAG